UUCGUGUUGUUCUCAACUCCAUUUGCCAGUCCUCGUCGGCCGAAAUGGAUGGACAGACAACGCGGCCUGAUGCGAGCCCAAACAGUCUCGAUCCCGCUAGAUUGGGCUCCCACUCCGAAGCCCACUACGCACGCCAUUCCUAAAUAUGGUCAGACCAACUGUUCUGUCAAACCGCUCGGCCGGACCCCCUCCUUCAACCAUCAUACACAAUCAGUCACAUCCAGUCCGAGUCAACCCACGCUAUAUCGCACAUAA